GAAACCGGAAGUUUACAGACGACGAUGACACAUGAAAGUCACCGGUAAAAUGCUCAUAGAGGGAGGUAAAAGGGCGUGUGGUUAUUAUCCGUGGUACUGGAACAGAAAUAUGACUCAAACAUGUUUAAGGAGCAACACACACAGACAAUGAGCUUUUACUACAACGCUAGUACUUUGUUACGGUGUUAGCUAAGGAGAUAACUACCUCGUAAACCUCAACCACGGUUACACCAUCAGGGAAACUGAGAAAACAGGCCAGUUAGUCCAGUUUUGCACAUUAUCUUUAAAUAGUUUAGCGAUGGCAAGGAGCUUCUGUCGACUGUUUGGGGGCUUUAAUAGCCGCAAUUCACUCCCAUUCAUGAAGGCUCCACUCAGACAACCGUGUGCCAGCUUUUCAUUCAAGACCGCGUUUGAACGGACCAUGGUGGCGCUGCCACUGGCCUUUUCCUCGAAGCCCCGGGACUUCAGCCUGCCUAACUCCUCGUGGGGCACAGAAAUGAAACGGUUGUACGAGCAUUAUAACAGCCCGUGUGAGGAGGAGGGGGAACAAGGAGACAAACAGGGAGGUCUGUGGAGGAGGCUGCCAAGCUACAAUCGUUCGCUCAAGUAUGCCACAGGUGGCAUGUAUCUUAGUAAAGUAAUCCAGUCGAAGGCUCGUCUUUUUACGCGGAACAUCAGAGACCCGGGGGCAGCUUUUGAGUACGUCCUCUUCGUUAGCAAAGAUAAACAGAAGUGUGUGUGCAUCUUCCAGGCUGGACACCUACUGGAGGGACCACCAGGACAUGUCCACGGGGGGGCGAUAGCCACUAUGAUUGACACUGUAACAGGAACUCAUGCUAAUGUGCUCUCUGCUCCGGUCAUGACUGCCAACCUGAACAUCAACUACCGCAGCCCCAUCCCACUGGGGAGUACAGUGUUGCUCGAAUCCUCUCUGGACAAGAAAGAAGGCAGAAAAGUGUUUUUUUCAUGCAAAGUGACCAGCACCGAUGGCUCCAAACUGCACACUGAAGCAACAGCACUGUUUUUGUCAGUCAAUGUCAGCCAUUUAUUCGGCGAAUGACGAAUGCAGCAGGCUGACACGAACCCAAACACUCAGCAAUCAGGCUGUAACAAGUGUGAGUGUGUUGUUGGUUUGGAUUAUGUUCUGAGGAGUGUGUGAUUAUUUUCCAGGUGAUCACAGAGAGAAAGGACAUCUCACCUUUUAUCAAAUACUAUAGUGAUAUCUUAUGAAAACUUUGUAGUAACAGUUUUUUGAAGUACCUUUACAUGACUGCUUCUCAGUAUUGUUACUAAUACAUAACAGUAUAUAUCUAACUUAUAUUUACAAAACAUUUUCAAGAUAACUUAUUGUAUAUGGACAUUUUUUGUAACGUUGAAGACAUUGAAAGUUGAGUUACUGCUCAAAACCUGCUGGACAUGCUCAUGUGUUUCAUCCAAUAAAGUCUGCAUAACUGUAUUAUUUAUA